ACAAGGACGCGUGGCGCCGCAGGGGAUACGCCCCCGUGCUCUACCUGCAGUCGCACUGCGAUGUGCCCUCGGACCGCGACCGCUACGUGCGGCAGCUCAUGAAGUACAUCCAGGUUGACUCCUAUGGGAAAUGCCUUCAUAACCGUGAGCUUCCCAGUGAGCGACUGAGAGACACUUCUACAGCCACUACAGAAGAUCCUGAAUUUAUGACUUUUAUCGCCAGGUACAAGUUCCAUCUGGCCCUGGAGAAUGCCAUAUGUGACGACUACAUGACAGAGAAGCUGUGGCGUCCGAUGCACUUGGGUGCUGUCCCCGUGUACCGAGGCUCCCCGGCUGUGCGGGACUGGAUGCCAAACAACCUCUCCAUCAUUCUUAUAGAUGACUUUGAGAGCCCCCAAGAGCUGGCAAAGUAUCUUGAUUUCCUGGACAAGAAUGGAGAGGAAUACUUGAAGUAUCUGGAGUAUAAAAACGUCGGUGGAAUCAAAAACCAGUUCCUGCUAGAUAGUUUGGAGAGGAGGGAAUGGGGUGUGAAUGACAUGACUCUGCCCAAUUACCUGAAUGGCUUCGAGUGUUUCAUCUGUGACAGGGAGAACAUCCGGGUCAAAGAGGAGAAAGAACACAAAAAGUCUGGUGGGAAAAUUCCAGCUCCCAGACCUCGCAUAGCUCAGUUCAAGCACAUGGGAUGUCCUAUGCCAACCCCUGGGUUUGGAAGUGUUGAAGACCUCCCUGAAGGAGACAGUUGGAAAGAAAUGUGGCUGCAGGAUUAUUGGCAAAGCCUUGAUCAGGGUGAGGCCCUCACUGCUAUGAUUCAUCGCAAUGAGUCUCAUCAGGGAAGAUUCUGGGACUAUAUGCAUGAGAUUUUUCUCAAGAGGACAAGGCAACACUGACCCAUCUUUGUAAGAGAUGUGAUUUGAAAACUGCAUUGAAGGUUGAGACUCUGAAUUCUUACCUCACUUCAAAUGUCUGCCUUGAAAUAGGAAAAAAACCUCCCACAG